AUGGGAAGACUAGCCAUAGAAAACUAUGUGGUUGUUAGUGUGGCACUGGCAGUGAUCACUGCCGCUUGUCAAAUUCUAUUCCUUCCGUUUCUAUUCUCUGAAAUCGACGCUAUUCGUGAGGAGUUCGAUUUGGAGAUUCGAGAAGCGCUGAAAAGUUUUGAGAACUCUUAUGACGGUCUUGCUGGAAUUCGACCGAUUUCUAUUAGGAAGCAGAGGGAGGCAGCAAAAGAAAUGGUCACUGCUGACCAAACAUCCUCAGGACCUGCUGAUCAUCGAUUCAACCCAAUAGCCCCAUCAGGUCCCCCGCUCGCAAACGCAGCCAAAACACACCGAGCUGAAGUAAUAGAUAGUGCAGAAUCUGUGACCUUCCCACCAUCCUCUCCGUCAUUGUUUAGUCCUGAACUUCGCAAGCUUGCUCGAGAAGCCCCCACGCCUACUGAUGAGUAUGAGGGAGAAGAAUCAGAGUAUGACGAUACAGAUACCAUUUCGGAAGUUCCACGAGAUCCACGAUCCCAAAGUUCACCCCAUAGUCUUGCUGGAACUGGAUCUGCUAAAGUGAUUCUCGGAACUCCUUCUCCAAUAGUCAGACCUCCAGGAACCAAACCAACUGCUCACCCAACACUUUUACACUCUGGAGAACGCCAAAUACCUCCUGCUGGACCCCUUCCUAUCUGCCCUCUAGAAGAGAAUCGAUGUCCGCCUGGACCUCCAGGACCACCAGGUCUUCGUGGUAUUCCUGGACAAUCAGGAACAGAUGGAAACGAUGGAUUGUCAGGAGCCGACGCGAUGGAUGAGUUGGUCCCAAGCUUCCCACAGUUUUGUUCUACCUGUCCACCUGGACCAGAUGGAAAACCAGGCCAACCCGGACCAACUGGAAAACCCGGACUUGUUGGAGCUCCAGGAAUUCCUGGGCCUAUGGGGAAGAAUGGGCAGCCAGGAGCCCCUGGAGGAUACGGUAGUCCUGGAAAACAAGGAGCAAUGGGAUCAAGAGGCGCUGCUGGAUCAGUCGGGCAGGAUGGCGUGGUCUUGUUGAACACGAAGGGACCAAAGGGACCACCUGGAAAGCCUGGAACCGAGGGACAACCAGGCGAGGAUGGCACUAAUAACAACACUCCAGGACCUAUUGGAGAACCAGGAAUGCCUGGAGACAUAGGAGCGUCAGGAGCAGGAGGGCUGUAUGGUAGAAGAGGUGACAUUGGAAAUCUAGGCAUUCGUGGAGAGAAUUCUGAAGUCUGCACUUGUGAGACACUCACGAAGAAAGCCAUUCAAAAUGCUGAGAAUUCCGCCUAUUCCGCUGUAGAAGCCAUGGCUAUGACCCAAGGUCCCCAACCACCACCGAUCAUUCCAGAAAUUAGAAGAACUCCCCAGAAGGCUUCUGCAAUUGCUACUGAUGGACUUCCAACACUGGAUGAGCUUCGGGGCAACUACCGAAAGAGACCAUUGACGUUUGCACAGGAGGAUGGCGCACAAAAAUUUGCUGUGGCACCUAGCGAAGUGGCAAUCAAUGAGGAGCCUACUGUUCAACAAGAUGCAGUACCAGCUAGUCAAUUUUCGGUUGGUAAAGCUGAGAACGUGGAUCAGAAAGUUGAAAGCGCUCCAGAGCCAGAUUCAUCAGAUGUCCCAGAUACAACAGAUAUAACAGAGACCCAAGAGACCAUAGAAGAGCUUCAAGAGAAUGUUGAAAGCCCUGAAACCAUUGUCAUUGAUGGAGGAUCUGAUGAUUCUGAAUCAGAAGAAGAAGAACCGGAACCAGCAGCUUCCCAAACUCGUCCUGCUCUAUUUGCUCCUCCUCGAGCCCAACUUCCUACAGUAUCCACUGGUCCACAAGUCAGCGUAAUGAAUCAAGCCCUGAAUCUCUCUCCACCAAAGGUUCAUGCUGUGAAGACGUCCUUGCCACGUAUCAACGGAGACAGUCGUCAGAAGCCAUUCGAUGGUGAUGCGGAAAUAGUGAAGAAGACACGUGGCGAAGGAUCGACGAAUAAGAGAAGAAGGAUUGUGAAGGUGAAGAGAGUGCCAUGGAGGCAUCCAGCUUUUCGAGUAUUCUCGACCACAAAUGAAAACUUUGCCUAUAACAUGGACGAGGGAGAGAAACCAUUCCGUAUCGAGAAGGAAAUCGCGAGAGAAUCCGAGAAGAAAGUAGUCAACUCGAAGGAAAUUCGACGAGCGCCAAAACGAUUGAGAAGAAAGCCAAAGCACGGGAAAACUGAUAAGAAACUCCGUCGAGUUCAUGUCACUCCAUCCAAGAAGCUUGCCUACCAACACCGUCAGAACUCAAACAUCCUGGAGAAUAUUGCACAGAGUUUGGGACUUAUUGAGAAUCAGCCGAAGCUGAAUCAGAAACAACGGAAGCAGAAGAAGAUGAAUCGGGUGCCCAUACCAUAA